UUGGAUACUUCCACUCGGUUACAGAUUGAGCGAUGGUAUGUUGAAAAAAAGCUCGGAGAAGGAGGAUUUGGUGCAGUUUAUAAGGUAGACGAGUACCGGCUCAGUAAUGUACAACUUGUUUUAAAAAUGGAAGUGUUCGUCUUGACUGAGCUAGCUGCACGAGGUGGUCGACAUUUCUGUAAAAUUGAGGACAAGGGGCGAUUCCGAAACUUUAACUACGUCGUUAUGACUCUUGUUGGGAAAUCUCUGCACAAUAUUCGUAAAGAGCGUCCGUCUCAGUGUCUUUCAAUAGCUUGCGCACUUUCUGUGGGGAUACAGUGCCUAGAAGCGCUAGAGGAUCUACAUGGUAUUGGUUAUCUACACCGCGAUGUCAAACCCGGUAACUACACAAUUGGAAGGCCAGAAGUGAAUGAACUACGCAAAAUUUACAUCCUGGAUUUUGGAAUGUGCAGAAAAUUCACGAACGAUCAGGGAAUCAUCAGGAAACCCCGUGCUGCUGCCGGAUUUCGUGGGACAGUUCGUUACGCUCCCAUUUCCUGUCACUUACAAAGAGAAUUAUGCAGGAAAGACGAUGUCGAAACUUGGAUUUAUCAGCAGGUGGAGCUCACUGUUGGAAGAGUACCGUGGAGAGAAGUACAAGACAUGAAAGAGGUGGGUGAGUACAAAAGGCGAUGUCGUCAAUCUCCCGGCAUCGACGAGCUGUUCGCACCGCCAUGUCCUAGGGAGUUCUACGAAAUCCUUCAAAUAGUCGAUUCUCACAAAUAUUAUGAUCAGCCUAAUUAUCAACAGAUCUAUGCGCUCAUGCGGAGGGCUCUCGCAAACUGUGGUCAACCGGAAUUCCCCUACGACUGGGAAAGAUAG